AUGUCGGUAUUCUUACUCUCUGGGGAUUUCGCUGCCAUUGGUGUCCAUUCGCGUGGUGACCCGCUAAUUGAUACAUCAUUCACUAGUUUACCUAUCUACUCCACUCUCAUGGGGGAGGGUGUCUCUUCCUUCCGUGUGAAAGGCUUUGCCCUACUUCUCGGUUCGUUUAGCACUCCUCUAGCCCAGGGCUCGAGGGCUCAGAAUCCAAUGAUUCGAUAG